CUUUCUUAUAUUCUUCAAUAAAGUCUCAAGAAGUUUUCUUUUUCUCUAUCACCUGGUUCAAACGGGUUAUUGAAGUCGAGCAAGCUGACUACGUUGUCUCCUUAGUCCAGCGUUGAUCACACACCUGAAGAUUAAAUAAGAUUACUUUUAUCAAUCACGACGUGGCAUUCAACGCCUUCCUGUAAAGUGUGAUGAGGUGUGACUUGCACCAGUGCAACAUUGUACAUUUAAUUGUACUUCAACAGUGAUUGAUGACUUAAAAACACCUCUAAUAAUAAUUAUAAAUAAAAAUAAACAUCACAAUAAUUCUACGGUAAUGAAUAAUUAUUUAUCUAACAAAUAGUUUUAUUAACUGUUAAAUGAAAUGCAAUUCCUACCAAAAUACAACUUCAGGCAGAUAUUCCUUCUAUAUUUAUUGAUUGACAACUUGUCUAAAAUAUUCGCUUUAGAAGUAAUCUAUGCUAUAAAUGCUGGUGGAGAUACACACGUAGAUAGCUAUGGAAUUAGAUACAUGAAAGAUCCACUUAUGGAUAAAGUAGGGACAGCUUCCAGUUAUGGAAAACAGUUAAUAAUUGGAAGAGUUAAUCCAAUGGAUCAAAUUCUUUAUCAAACUGAACGUUAUCAUCAUUCCACAUUUGGUUAUGACAUUCCUAUUAGUGAAGAUGGAGAGUAUGUCAUGAUCUUGAAGUUCUGUGAAGUUUACUUUAACUCUCCAAAUAUGAAAGUCUUCGAUGUAGUUUUAAAUGGAGAUCAUACAGUGGUUACUGAUCUUGACAUCUUUGAAAAAGUAACCAGGGGUGUAGCUCAUGAUGAAUAUGUUCCUUUCAAAGUUCAAAAAGGUAAACUAAUUUAUAAUGAUGAAGAAUCGGAUAUUCUUGGUGGAAAAAUAAGAGUAGAAUUCAUUAAGGGAUACCGAGACAACCCAAAAAUAAAUGCCAUAGCUGUAAUUAAAGGAACAAUAGACGAAGUACCACAACUAGGUCCAAUGCCUCAGGAACCUGAAGAAUAUCAUGGGACCCAAGAAGAUGAAGAAGACAUUUCGGUGAGAUCUAGACAUACAAGUGGUCCUAGAACCCCCGACCCAUAUUCUAUUGAUGAUUCUUCAAUCAUGUUACCAGUUUUUAUUGCAAUUGGUGCAUUUAUACCACUGCUCUUUUGUUUAUGUAAACUAUAACUGCUUUAAAAUAAGAAAGAUUACGGGUAUAAAAAUAUGUGGGAAGCGCACGUUUUACAAGUGUGUGUGUAUAAUUGCAUUCAAUUUUUUGUUGUUAGUAUCAGUAUAAAAAAUAAUGCAAAAAAAUUUGAUUUUUUUUAUAACGUCAAAAGUGAAUAAACUAUUUUUCCAGUUAAUAAUUCUAGAAAGUAGAGGUUGAAGCACUGAACCAUAGAUGGGCGCCAUGGCAUAUCUAAAAAAAAAAAUAUGCACUUAUGUACUUAAUUAUAAUAUUAAGUUACUUAACAA